AUGGGAGACGGCAGCCCGGCCGUAGAUAUGGCCUCCUCAAAUUCAUCGACCAAAGAAGCCUUUGCGGAAGUACCCAAGACCGACAAUACGGCAUCGACAGAAUCUUUGUCGGCGCCGGUCGUCCGGAAGCUCGUGACUCUGCGGAGAAUCAACAAGAUCAAGCAGCUAACAAGCUCAAAAUUUGUGGCCAUCACGGUCGACGGCUGGGAGGUGGUGGUCAACACCAGACGUGUUCAGCGGCAGUUCGAGGAGGGCCAGGUGGUAGUCUACUUCCAGAUUGACAGUUUCAUCCCCGAUAACGACGGAAAUUUCUGGGAAGAAAUGGUUAUGUCGGCAGAAUUAUUCCAGAAGAGGCGGGGAUUCCGGGUUCGGACCGUCCGAAUUGGAAAAUCCAGCUUGAUAUCACAGGGAAGGGUCUUUCACCUCAACGAUUACCCACGCAUCAAGCGUAUGGUCUUGGAGCUCCAAGAGCUGCACGGCGAGGAGGAGGGUCUGGCAAGGGCCAUGCAAAUGUCGUUUGAUCACGUCCUCGGCGUCGUCAAGUGGGACGUGGACGUGCAGGACAAGGGCAGGUCCUACGGCCCGCCGCCGCCCAUGAUCCCAAGCACGGGCUUGUACAGGAUCCAGGACAUGACGAAGCUCUGGGACAAGCACGCAGCCACCAGGGUCCAGAUCACCGAGAAGCUGGACGGCCGCACGGUAUCAAUCUACUUUGUGCGCAACGACUCCCCCUUUGCAAAGUGCCUCCCGGAACUGCACGACUUCGCCGACGACACCGACGCAGACGAGCGCCAGCGGCGGCUGUGCGUGUUCCCGCACGGCCGCGUCGGCGUCUGCGCCUACGGCCGGGAUCUCGUGUGCGCGCCCGACAGCAAGGUCUGGGAGGUGCUGGAGGGGCUGGGGAUCCCCGACCGGCUGGCGGGGGACGGCCGCACCGCCGUGAUGCAGGGCGAACUGGUAGGCCCUUGUGUCGUGCCGGGUAACAGCCUCGCGUACGACAGCUGCGACCAGGACGAGUUUUAUGCCUUUUCGCUCUGGACCGAGCACGGCAAGCACGACGGUUUCGACGACGAGGAGACGCAGCGGCAUGCGCUCCUGUGUAUGGGCGUGCCGGUCGUCCCGCUCGUGGGCUACUUCACCAUCGGGGAGUUUGGAAAGUCGGUCGAGGAGAUGCUCGCAAAGGCGGAUGGCCAGGGGUUCAGGGGAGAGGGCCACGUCCGCGAGGGGUUUAUACUGAAGAACGCAAGGGAGAACAUUAAAAUCAAGGUCAUUUCUAAUGUCUGGUUGGAGAAGUAUUUGGGGUGA